GCGCUGCAGUACCUCAAUGAUGUCCACUACCUGGAGCGAAGGCUCCAUGGUUCGCAGUCUACACAAGUUGCGCGCACGCUGAAGGCCUUAGGAUCGGUUCAGCUCGUCCUGGGAAAGAACUUCGAAGCGGAGAGUUGCUUGCGGCAGGCCCUGCGAAUCUUCGAGAUCGACAACCACAAUGCAGCGAUUGUACGGGAUAUUCAUGCUAAGCUUGCCAGCAUUCCACCGAGCGAUGCCUGA